CUUGCAACUGCCACGGGAAAGCAGAAGAAUGUUACUAUGAUCAGACGGUGGCAGACAGAAAGCAGAGUUUGAAUAUCCAUGGAGAAUAUCUUGGAGGCGGAGUAUGCAUUAACUGUACCCAGAACACUGCAGGCUUCAAUUGUGAAACAUGCAUUGACGGAUUCUUCAGGCCGAAAGGGGUUCAUCCAAAGGAUCACCAACCAUGCCAGUCAUGUCAGUGUUAUUCUGUGGGCUCUUUAGAUGGCACUUGUGUCAAGGAUGAAAAGCGAGCUACAGGAGGUAUGCAUCCUGGAUCCUGUCACUGUAAACCAGGUUUUGGAGGAGACAGGUGUGAUCGGUGUGCAUUGGGCUACAAAAAUUUUCCUUACUGUGUGCCCUGCAAUUGUUCUCUGAAAGGCAGCUUGAAUGACGACCCUUGUGAAGGACCUUGCAGGUGCAAGGUCUAUGUUGAAGGAAAGAACUGCGAUCGCUGUAAAGCCGGCUUCUUUAACUUGCAGCAAGACAACCCCCAGGGCUGUGAAGCAUGUUUCUGCUCAGGAAUAACAAAGGACUGUACAGAUUCUCACUGGACUUACAGCAUGAUUAUGGACAUGAAUGGCUGGCAUUUGACUGAUGAAUGGGGCCUUGCUAGAAUUACUCCUCAGCAGGACAAUUUUGAUGGACCUCAGCAACUGAGCAUCAGUAACACAGUUGCAAGAACUGUUCUGCAGCCUAUUUAUUACUGGAGUGCACCCAGUCCUUAUUUGGGCAACAAAAUAACAGCUGCUGGAGGACAUCUGAAAUUUACUGUUUCAUAUGACCUAGCUGGGGAAGAAGAUAUUGCUGAGGCCGUCCUUCAGCCCGAUGUCAUCAUAGAGGGAAGUGGGUUGAGAAUAAGCACAUUGCAGGAAGGAAUUCACUUGAACCCAUUUGAAGAGCACACAGAAGAAGUCUUACUGAAGCACAACUUAUUCAUGCUGCACGGCGCCCCAGUCAGCAAAAGGGAAUUUAUGACUGUUUUGGCUAAUAUAAAAAGACUUCUUAUAAGAGCCACGUACAGCAAUGGGAUGAAUGCCAUCUACAGGUAA